ACUGCUCAAUUAUCUUCGGUUUGUUCACUUAAAGGAUAUCUAUGGUUACUCCUUUUCAGGUGCAUGUGCACCUUAGACGACAUUUGAUGAAGGAAUUACCUGAAACAGAUGAUGCUGUUGCACAAUGGUGUAGAGAUCAGUUUGUUGUCAAGGAUGGAUUAUUGGACAAACAUGCAUUGGAGGAUACCUUCAGUGACAAAGAAUUACAGGAAAUUCGUCGACCAGUGAAGUCUCUUUUGGUGGUUACAUCUUGGGCAAUCCUAGUUAGUUUGGGAGCUUUGAAAUUUCUCCAUUGGUCAGCACUGUUGUCAUCAUGGAAGGGCAUUGCAUUAUCAGCAAUUGGUUUGGCCGUUGUUACCGUGCUUAUGCAAAUCCUAAUUCGUUUCUCCCAGUCAGAGCGUUCAACGCCUGCCAAGGUUGCUCCAGCAAAGCCCAAGAAUGGUGGAGAACCAUCAGAGACAAGACAAAACAAAGAGCAAUAGGUUGCUGCUUGUUCUAUUCCCAGGUCAUUGCAUCCAUGAUAGAUAAGGUCGUAAUUUUGUGAGCUAUGGUUCGUGUAAUGUGUGCCACCUUCAAUUACCUAUGUUUUCAUUUUGAACUUCUCUCUAGUUAUGUGUUCUAUUCAUAUUUUAGCAUUCUAUAUGCAUGUGAAAUUAGGAUAAUCCUUGUAUAGACUCUAUCUAAAGUGGUUGUAGGAGCAAUGUUCGACUAGGUUAGUUGAUUUCCUUUAGACCGUGUACACUUUUUUGAAGGUGAAAUCUCAAAUACAAUUAAAUUUUUUGGGUCUC